AUGGAGAAAAGAAUUGAAAAAUUUGGAAUAUAGAUUCUUCUGAAUUAAAUUAAGUUUUAAGACAAUAAAUACAGCUCAAUAGAGAAUAUAAGGGUAUUUAUAAAAAGAUUAAGGAGAAAGUGGCUUAUAGCCCAAAGGUACAAAUUCGAUUUCCCUGAAUAACAGUUAUUUGGUAAAUUUGAUACUUUUGUCAGAAGAUUGGUUAAAUUAAUUGAUAUUUUUUAAAUAUCUAUUAAUUAUAAGCUUUGGCUAAACACAACCUAGAAGGUAUGGAAUAAUUAACAGCUAGAUUCAAUUAAAUCUAAAGAAUUCAAAGUUAAAAUCAUAUUUUGCUAGAUACAAACAGUAAUAAAUUUGAUAUAGUUGUGUUGA